AUCAAGAGUCCUUAAAUAUUGAAAAACUGGUCAUUUGGUCAUUUUACCUUCAGCCAAAAACAUUUCACUACGAACGAGUUAGUUGAAGAAACCACAAUGAAGAACCGGAACAUUUGGAGAAACAUUUUUAAUGGCAAAAUGCCACCACCUGCAUCGACAUCAGGUGAAGCUACAAGUCACUUUGCAGAUGACAAGACCAAACCUGAGAGCUCUGAGGUGCGAAACAACAACAUACUGUGCAGCAGCACAAGUCGCUACCUCAUUCAGGAGGUCAUUGGAGAGGGCACCUUUGGCAAAGUUACCAAAGCUGUGAAUUUAAUCACAUCAAAGGAUGUUGCCCUCAAGAUUCUCAAAACUGAGGAUACCACCAAAAGAGAGAUCAAAAUGCUCAAUGUGGUGAGCAUUCUUGACCCAGUCAAGAAAAGUGUGGUGCAGUUCCUUGAAACGUUUGACCACGAAGGACAAACCUGUCUCGUUUUUGAAAAACUGGACAAGAGUCUUUUCGCCCUUCUUUCAGAACGACAGGGGAUGCCACUUUCUCUCAGUGAGAUCCGUCCAAUAACACACCAGGUAAAGACUAUGUGGCUUUGAUCAAUCUAUCAACAACUAAUGGUAAUAUACUCAGCCAGCUGAGAGACAAGUUUCAUACUGAAGUAACAAAACUAUAUUUAUCUUUCAUCUGUUUGACCCUGUACCCUGGUCAGUGGUAUCUUUAACCGUCUAUGUUGCAUCCUUUGUCUCUGCAGUUGUUGACAGCCUUCGACGCCCUGAAGGGGAUUGGUGUUAUCCAUUCAGACCUGAAGCCAGAUAACAUCAUGUUGGCAAAUCAUCUGUGUGAGCCCUUCAGGGUAAAAUUAAUCGAUUUUGGGGUGUCCUUCCAAACCUCAGAAGACACACGGGGGAUAACAAUUCAGCCUCUGGGUUACAGGUAAGUCCAAACUGCAAAACAUCAUCUUCUAACAUGUUUGCAGUUGUGUGUUUAUGCUGUAAAUGAUCCAGCAAAGGUUGUUCCAAUCUUCAGUAUACCUGCUGAACUUAACAAUGUACUCAAUAGCUCUUGUGAUUCUUAUACGCUACACACAGAGCACCAGAAGUCAUCCUGGGUCUCCCCAUCUCCGAGGCCAUUGACAUGUGGGGUCUUGGCUGUGUGCUUGCGUUUUUGUACCUCGGGAGACACCUUUUUGCAGACUCUGAGUACCAGUCAGUAAGUAAAUAAGUAUAUCUAGAUUUAAAGCAAAGACUGUUACAUUCUACCCCAGACACAUGUCCAAAUCCAACAGGGGAUUUGAUGUAGGAUGUGGGAUGAUAUGAUUCUUUAUUUUCUCUCUCCAGAUGAAAGGAAUUGUCGACAUGCUCGGCCAACCCGCUGACCACCUCCUCAGUGCUGGGUACUACACCCAGAAAUUCUUUAAGAAGAAUCAGCACUGGGACAAGCCAAUAUGGUGGAUGAAGACUCCAAUUGAAUACCUGCUUGGCACCGGCAUUGAGCCCAAAAGAUGGCUGAGCCCUUUGAGAUACCUGGAUGACUUGAUAAUGCACUACCCAGAUAUGGAGGAAGCUGAACUGGAGGAUCAACGAGCUUUCGUCAGCCUCCUGAAUUGCCUCCUCCACACAGACUCUGAGGAGAGGAUCACUCCAGGGAAGGCUCUCACCCACCCCUUUGUGACUAUGGUCCAUCUGGGAGAUGAAACAGACACCAGCUCAUAUAUCGAGGAGUCAUUUGAGAAUAUGACCAUGUUACCAGUGGACCACCUGGAUGAGGAGCUCUGUCCUGACGGCGAGGCUAAGGAACAGCUGAAAGUUGGAGAGCCUUCAGUGAAACCUCCAUCAGUGGCUCCAUCCUGUGUCAGUCUCGUCUCUGUGAAGAUAGUGCUUCACUCGGCUGAUGGACAAGAGGCUGCUGCCGUGAUAGACACUACUGUCUCAGAUGUAGAUGCAGCCAGUCCAGCUGAGGAGUCACCAGAUGAGGAUCCACCUGCCAAAGUUAAGAAGAGCAGGAUGAGGAGAAUCUUUAAUUUCUUUGGCAGGAAAAUCAGGACCUUGUUUGGACUCAAGAAAGGAGAAUAACGAAAUCCCCACCUAUUCUCCAUCCUA